CAAUUUAUAAAAGACAAAAAUGAAAAUGAUGAUACUAGAAAAACUAAAAAGUCUUUAAAUAAAGCAUUUAACAACUUUACAAAAUCAUGGAACUUAGUUUAUAGAUUUUAUACAUAUGAACCAACUGAUGAGUCCUUAUAUUUAAGUGUGGCAAUAGAAUACUAUGUUCAAUUACAGAAUAAUUUUCUAAAUGAUAUUAUUGAAAUUUUAUCUAGUUUUUGUCAAUCAUUAAAAUUUAUUGAAAAAUUAGACAUUCAAGACUCGAGAUAUUACUUUCAAUCUAUCAGUCUUGAAAAUAGAAAAUCUGAACAAAUAAUUACUUAUAAUAAUGUUAAUGAGAUUGAAGCUGAAUUGGCUUUAGAAUUGGUAUAUAGAAAAAAAUUAAUUGAGGCUAAUAAAGAUAAAAUAAAUAUUAGAAAAUCAGAGUUACUUUUAGGCCUAGAAAUAAUUAUUUGUUUCCUAAAACAAACAUCUAGAGAAGACUCUAAUAUAUUUAUUACAAGAAUAGGAUUACAGCUUAAACAUAUUGUAGUAUUAUAUAAGUUAGUUGAAAAACAUGUGGCUAAUAAAGUUGUUAAUUAUAUACCUUUAAAGUAUCAAGCUAAAUUAACUAAACCUAUAAUGCAAGAAAUUUUAAAAGCAAUAGAUUUUGAAGAAAAAUCUACAGAAAUUCCUGCAAAUACAUUUUUAACUACUUUGAAAAAACUUAUUCUAAGAUAUUUGUUAACUAAUAGUAAAAUAAUUAAAGAAAAUAUUAAUCUUUCUUUAUAUCUUGCAAAAAAAUGA